CUUGCCCUGGGCGGCCUGAGCAGCAAGCAGCAUGGAAGCAGCAGCAGCAGCAGCUCCCUGGACACACCUAGGACUGGCCGCCCUCCUGCCGCUCCUUUGCCUUCCCUGCUUGCCAAGAGGGUAUACAGUGAUCAAUGAAAACUGCCCAGGAGCCGAGUGGAAUAUUAUGUGUCGGGAGUGUUGCGAGUAUGAUCAGAUCAAGUGUGUGUGUCCUGGGCGGAAAGAAGUGGUAGGUUACACCAUUCCCUGCUGCAGGAAUGAGGACAAUGAGUGUGACUCCUGCCUAAUCCAUCCAGGCUGCAUGAUUUUUGAAAACUGCAAGUCCUGCCGCAACGGCUCCUGGGGAGGAACGCUAGACAACUUCUACAUCAAGGGCAUCUACUGCGCAGAAUGCAGAGCAGGCUGGUAUGGAGGGGACUGCAUGAGAUGUGGGCAGGUUCUCCAGGCUUCAAAAGGUCAGAUUUUGUUGGAGAGUUAUCCACUGAAUGCCCAGUGUGAGUGGACUAUACAUGCCAAACCUGGGUUUGUUGUCGAGUUAAGGUUUGCUAUGUUGAGCCUGGAGUUUGACUACAUGUGCCAGUAUGACUAUGUAGAGGUCCGAGAUGGGGAUACUGUUGACAGCAGGAUAAUUAAGCGUUUCUGUGGAAAUGACAGGCCUCCUCCAAUCCGAAGCACAAGAUCUUCACUCCAUGUUCUUUUCCAUUCUGAUGGUUCCAAGAACUUUGAUGGGUUUCAUGCCAUCUUUGAAGAAAUUACAGCUUGUUCUUCAUCUCCAUGUCUACAUGAUGGAACCUGCAUCCUUGAUAAAAUUGGUGGCUACAAAUGUGCCUGCCUGGCUGGCUAUACUGGGAACCGUUGUGAAAGCUUGGUGAUGUGUAGGACUCCAGGUGCUCCUGCUCAUGGUUUUGUGGAAGGAGAUGACUUUAAAUACGGGGCCCAGGUUUACUUCAAAUGCAACGCAGGUUACACCCUAAAAGGCAGCCGUGUUGCCUACUGUCAGCUAAAUGGAAGUUGGUCAACACACCAUCCUGGAUGUGUGGUAACAGAAGACAGAAACUGUUCCGAUCCUGGCGCGCCACUCAAUGGAUACAGAAAAAUGAUGGAAGAUACUGCACUGAUGAAUGGCCGUUAUGCAAAAAUUGGAACAGUCAUUGCAUUCUUUUGCAAUAACUCCUAUAUUCUCAGCGGUCAUGAGCAAAGGACUUGCCAAGAGAAUGGCGAAUGGACGGGGAAACAGCCAAUCUGCAUAAAAGCCUGCAGAGAGCCAAAGAUCUCUGACCUGGUGAGACAGAAAGUACUUCCAAUGCAGGUUCAGUCAAGAGAGACUCCUUUGCAUCGGCUCUAUUCAUCUGCCUUUAGCAAGCAGAAGCUGGAUGUAUAUCCAACCAAAAAACCAUCACUACCAUUUGGAGAUCUACCUCCAGGCUUCCAGCAUCUUCACACCCAACUUCAGUAUGAUUGCAUUUCUCCUUUCUACCGUCGCCUGGGAAGCAGCCGGAGAACCUGUCUGAAAACAGGAAAAUGGAGUGGCAGGGCUCCUUCAUGCAUUCCAAUCUGUGGAAAGAUAGAAAACACCACUCUUCAAAAACCAUCCACAACCAGAUGGCCAUGGCAAGCUGCCAUCUAUAGGAGACCUAAUGGCGUGAAGGUCCCCAGUCACAGAAAGGGUGCAUGGAUACUGAUUUGCAGUGGGGCCCUGCUGAAUGAACGCACAGUAGUUGUGGCAGCUCACUGCGUCACCAAUCUGGGGAAGGUCACUGUUCUCAAAACAGCAGACAUCAAAGUUGUUCUGGGCAAGUUCUACAGAGAUGAUGAUAGGGAUGAGAAGACUGUACAGAACUUACGGAUUUCAGCCAUUAUAGUGCACCCUAACUAUGACCCUAUAUUGCUCGAUUCUGACAUAGCUGUCAUUAAACUCCUGGACAAAGCCAAAAUCAGCAGCCGUGUCCAACCCAUAUGCCUGGCAUCGACACGCGAUAUUGAUCCAACUCCAGAUGACUGGCAGAUAGUGAUCACCGGCUGGAAGAUCCUGACAGAUGUUGCCGAUCCAAGCUACAAAAAUGACACAAUCCGUACAGGGACUGUUCAGAUAGUGGACUCCCUGCUGUGUGAGCAGCAAUAUGAGGAAAAUGGAAUCCAGGUCAGCGUCACCGAUAGUAUGUUUUGUGCCAAGCAGCACCCCACUGCCUUUUCUAAUAUUUGCCCCGCUGAGACUGGAGGGAUUGCAGCAAUACCUUUGCCAGGAAAAGCAUCUCCUGAGCUAACCUGGCAUCUUGUGGGGUUAGUGAGCUGGGGAUAUGAUAAAACAUGCAGCCUAGAACUUUAUACCGGCUACACCCGAGCAAUUCCUUUCAAAGACUGGAUUGAGAAGAACAUGAAAUGAAACACUUAGUCCAAAACUGGUUUUUUUUUUAAAAAAAAAAUAUGUUAAAUAUAUUCAUUUCUCUCACAGUCUCUGAUCCUUCAUUUUUCUCAUCCCAUUGAUGGAAGAUUUCUGGGAUAAAGCUAAAGCAAGGGCCUCAGAAAAUUGCCACAGAGUCUAGUUAUUCAAUGAGUCCAGUUCACCUGGGUCAGAGGCUCUGACUGUGGCAGAUGGUUUGACAUGUCUCAGCUGUUCCCUUUCUCCUGGUGGGAAUAGGGUACUUGGAUCAUAGGUUGUACUACCAAAAAACAUGAUGACCAGAAGUAGCUGUAUUAAAUCUGUGUUUAACAAUCACCUGGAUAAGACGAUUGGAAUGUAUGUUCGUUGAAGUAUAAGACAGCUAGGAGGUUGGGAAGAGAUCAUUAGGAGGUUGGAUGAAUUUGUUACGGUCUAAGCUGUUUGUAUUGCCAUAUUUUAUGUUGUAUUCUUUUCCCUCCUAAGUACUUUACACAUUCAAAUAAA